UCAUCAAAUUUAACGAUUAAUAUUUUUAGCGGGGCAAGGCGACAUUUUUUUUGUCUGAAUCUUUCAUUUUGUACAUAAACACAUCUAAUAAAAUAAUUUCAUCGAUUUUUGUGCUGGAGUAACUAAACUCGAUGCUUACCGCCAUCCAACAAUACCGCCUCCAUGUUUUAUAACCUUAAAAUGCUUUUCGGGCAGAUCGUUGCCUAUUCCCAAUAAAUCAUAAAAAUAAUAAAAACUUAUAAUUAAUAUAUAUGUAAAUAGUAAUUCAAAAGUUUGCUUUGAAAAUAUUAGUUUUUAUUAAAUAGAAUACAGUGAUUUUUGCAGGAUGUCUACUAAAUCGAGGAAAAGUUUGUCGUCAUGGGUGCAAUGCGACAAGUGCCAAUGCACUCUGUUGCAAAAAAAUAUUUCUGUACACGAGGCAAGCUGCCCACCAGCUGCAGAAAAUUGGGACUAUUCUUUCAUCUUCAACAAAGUUUUGUACAGCACCCUAGAAAUUUUCCAAACACAAGAAUUACCCAAACGCAUUUCCGAGAGGGACGCUAAUGAUAUGGUGUUUAUGUCGCAGUUUGCCUUGCAACUGUGCGAUAUUGCGAUUGGAUCGCCAGCUGUCGUCGCGACGAAAGACGAGGUAGUUGUCAAAACGGCCUGGCCGACUAACGACAAGAGUCUGACAAGUGUCUCCUUAACAAAACAUGCCCUUGAACUGAAUAAUCUAUCAGGAUUAGUCAAAGUGUGCGCCUUGACGCCUGAUAUUCAUAUUGCAAAGGAAAUUGUAGUUAGUCAACAAGGAAAGCGUUUGGUGUCUGACAUAAGCGUGGAAUUGGACAAUGUUAUAAAAUUUUUUAACGAGCACAAGAUAUUCACUGUUGGCAAUAGGAUAAGCGUGCCGUUUUACGGGAAGAAAUUGGCAUUUAAAAUUGUUGAAAUCAGAACGGAGGAAAACAAGAAGAAGCACACCGAAGUAGAAGAUGUAAAUGAUCUAUCGAAAGCUUUUGAAGAUAUAAAUCUAACAACUUCUUGUACAAACGUGGCCUUUUAUAAAGCAUUGUAUACAACAAAAUGGACAAUCCUGGAUGUUACGGACAAAGAGAAAGCUUCAAAGAGGAUAUAUAAAGUUGAAGAUAUCGGUGGAUACGGCGCUCUUAUAUCCGACAUAAGAGACGUAGUUGCAAUAGGCAUCGGUAGGUACAGGAGCAUCGAGCAUUUUGACGUUAGCAAAGGAAUAUUAUUGUAUGGUCCCUCUGGCGUUGGUAAAUCCAUGAUAGCUAAUGCUAUAAUCUCAGAAUGUAACGUUAGCACGUUCACCGUGUAUAGUUCGGACAUUUACAGCAAGUCUGUUGGUGAAACGGAAAAUAAUCUCAAAAAGGUGUUUAGCAAAGCGAUUUUGAGCGCCCCCAGUAUAAUACUGUUGGAAGACGUAGACAGCCUGUGCCCUAGGAGAAGCACUUCCAGCACGGAUCACGAGAAGAGAGUUUUGAAUCAGUUAGUAACGCUUUUCGACGAUCUGCAAAGCAUCAACAGCAACGUACUGAUAGUGGCCACCACUGCAAAGUCAGAUCUUGUGGAUAGUUCCCUGAGGAGACCUGGCAGAUUAGACAUGGAGUUUGAGAUUUAUGUACCGACUCCGAACAUGCGUACGGAAAUAUUGAAAAAGUUGCUCUCGAAGAUCCCCAAUGAGCUUUCGUGCAAGGAUAUACAAAGUAUCUCUUUCGUCACUCACGGUUUUGUUGGCGCGGAUCUGUAUGGUCUGUGUUCCAGAGCGAUAAUUAACGCAGUAAAACGACAUCAGAAGAAUGAAGUUAUGUCCGACGAUGAACUGAAGGUAUCGAUGAUCGAUUUUCAAUACGCUUUAACUAUAACGAAGCCGUCAGCGAUGAAGGAAGUUUUGGUGGAGGUACCGAAUGUGAGGUGGUCGGACAUCGGUGGGCAAGAGGACUUGAAACUGAAAUUAAAACAGGCCGUCGAGUGGCCGCUGAAGCAUCCCGAGGCGUUUGUGAGACUGGGCAUUACACCUCCUAGGGGCGUUUUGAUGUUCGGACCACCAGGAUGCUCAAAAACCAUGAUCGCGAAAGCUCUCGCUACCGAGAGCAAAGUUAAUUUUCUUAAUAUUAAGGGCCCAGAGCUGUUUUCGAAAUGGGUGGGCGAAUCUGAGAAAGCAGUGAGAGAAGUAUUCCGAAAAGCGAGGCAGGUCGCGCCAUCCAUCAUAUUUAUCGAUGAGAUAGAUGCACUAGGUGGUGAAAGAGGCUCAUCUUCCAGUGGUAACGGCAGCAACGUGCAGGAACGAGUGUUGGCACAGUUACUGACUGAACUGGAUGGUGUCACAACUUUGGGUAGUGUCACGCUAGUAGCGGCUACUAAUCGCCCGGACAAAAUUGACAAAGCGCUUCUCCGACCUGGACGAUUAGAUCGAAUCAUAUACGUGGGAUUGCCAGACGAGGAAACCAGACGAGAGAUAUUCAACAUAAAAUUGCGAAACAUGCCGAUCGCGCAGGAUGUAAAUAUCGAGGAUCUGGUCUGUCUAACAGAAGGCUAUACCGGCGCGGAAAUUCAAGCAAUAUGCCAUGAGGCUGCCAUGAAGGCACUGGAGAAGAACAUCGAUGCUACCAUCGUUACUAAAGAACAUUUCAUUGCCGCAUUUACAGUCAUCGCUCCUAGAACGCCUGUUUCCCUCAUCAAGAUUUAUGAAGACUAUAUGAAUAAAGCUUUAUGAUAAUUACGUGAAGAUAUGUAUUGUAUGUGUGUAUAUAUAUAUGAGUGUCUUUUUAUUGCAAGAAGAGGCGUCUUUUAGAUUUCAAUCUUUUCAUGAUUUUUCUCUGACGGGUUUAUAUAAAUUUAACUUCUCUCGAGACUAAAAUAAUCAGAUGAUUAAAAUUUAAUGUUUACGAUGUUUACGAAAUCAACUUUUAGCAUAUAAGCAUAUAUGUACAUAUAUAUACAUAUAUAUAUUUGAUUACAGAUUGAUUUGCAAAUUUUAUACAAUGGAACAAACUGAAUAGAAUAUCAUUUUCAACUUUGA